AGAUUCACGUGUUUCCUAUUCAUUACAUUGAUUUCGUUUUCAUUGAUUUACACACACAAAGUCACCGAAUCCGGUGAUAUACUGUUGGGCGGACUCUUUCCUAUUCAUCAAAAAGGUGUGAACAGCACGCGUUGCGGUCCGAUCAACAAAGACAGGGGUAUUCAACGGCUGGAAGCGAUGCUGUUUGCCAUCGAUAAGAUCAAUCAGGAUCCAAACCUGUUGGGAAAGAUCAAGUUGGGAGCCAUCAUAUUGGACACGUGCUCCAGUGACUCGUAUGCGCUCAAUCAGUCCCUGGAGUUCAUCCGCGCCUCCAUUAAUACAGUCGAGUCGUCCGCCUUUGAGUGUCGGGACGGCUCAACCCCUCGACCGAAAUACGGCUCCAAACACAUUAGUGGUGUCGUCGGCGGCUCCUAUAGCGAGGUCUCAUUACAAGUGGCAAAUUUGCUUCGACUUUUCAAAAUACCUCAGGUGAGCUAUGCGUCGACGGGCACAUCGCUCAGCGACAAGACUCGGUACGACUUCUUCGCCCGAACGGUUCCGCCCGACACAUACCAGGCGCUGGCUUUGGUAGAUCUCGUCCAGUCGUUCAACUGGUCGUAUGUGAGUUUAGUCACGUCUGAGGGCCAGUACGGAGACUCCGGGAUGAAUGCCUUCGCGAAGGAGGCGAAGAAGCGUAACAUUUGUAUCGCAAUGAACGAAAAGGUGCCGCAAAACGCCGACAGCGGGUACUUCAGCGCAAUCCUCACGAAUCUGAAGGCCAAACCCAACGCCAAAGGUGUGGUACUGUUUCUUCGGGCCGAAGACAAUCGCGGCCUUCUAGAGGCGGCCAAAGCGGCCAAUCAGACCAAUUACUUCUCGUUCAUCGCGUCCGACGGGUGGGGAACUCAGGAGAAGCUCGUGGAGGGCGUGGAAGAGGAGGCCGAGGGAACCAUCACUGUUGAGCUACAGUCCCGCGAGAUCGAGGAGUUUGACUAUUAUAUCGGCAAUCUGUCGGUGGAGACGAACCGCAAUCCCUGGUUCCGCGAGUACUGGGAGGACACCUUCGCCUGUCGUCUCUCCAAACACCCGUACAAUGAAAACGCGGACAACAAUAAUACACUCCCUCUCUGUUCGCCGAAUUUAAGGAUUGAUAAGUCUAUGGGUUAUCGUCAAGAGUCGAAAGUGCAGUUCGUUGUCGACGCCGUCUAUGCGUUCGCACACGCCUUGCAUAACGCGUGGCUCGACAUCUGCUCCGGAACUGAGAACUACUGCCCGGCGCUCAAAGAGUUGGACGGCCAGAGCUUUUAUAAAAAUUAUUUACUCAACGUCUCGUUCAAAGAUUUGGCCGGAAGUGACAUGAAGUUUGACCGCAACGGCGAUGGGUUGGGACGAUAUAAUAUAUUCAAUUACCAACAAAUGCCAAACUCGAGUCUUUAUCACUACGUUCUGGUCGGCCGGUGGACAGACUCCGGGCUGGAGCUGACCCGCGAUGAGCUCAAAUUCAAUGAGGGUGUCCGAGAGCUGCCCACCUCUAUCUGCUCACAGCCGUGUCAAUUGGGUGAGAUCAAGAUCGUACAACAGGGCGACCACUGUUGCUGGAUCUGCUCCAAGUGCGAGCCCUGGGCCUACGUGUUCAACGAGAGCCACUGCGAGGACUGCGGAGAGGGCCGAUGGCCUAACAAAGACAAACAUAGCUGCUAUGACCUGACACUGCAGUACAUGAAAUGGGAUUCACUGUUUGCCAUCAUUCCCAUUGUGAUCGCAUGUCUGGGCCUUUCACUCACACUGUUUGUCGCAUUCACUUUCAUUAAAUACAGCGACACUCCUAUCGUGAAGGCCUCCGGACGGGAGCUCUCGUUCAUACUGUUGGGCGGUAUUAUGUUCUGUUAUUUAAACACAUUCCUCCUCUUAUCCAAACCGACGACCAUUAUAUGCGCUCUUCAAAGAUUUGGGGUUGGUUUUGGAUUUUGUAUAAUAUAUGGCGCGCUCUUAACCAAAACCAAUAGGAUUUCUCGGAUCUUCGACAGCGCCCGCAAAUCUGCCCGAAGGCCCAGUUUUAUAAGCCCUAAGUCCCAGGUUAUCAUCACCAUGAUUCUCGUCUCCAUUCAAGUAAUUGGUAACGGUGUAUGGUUUGUGUUGGAACCGCCGGGUAUUCGCAAAUACUUUCCCGAUGGGAAGCGUUCAGAAGUGAUACUCAAAUGUCGAGUCCGAGACUCG